CUAAAAUCAUGUUCGUGAUUCGCUCAGAAAACUCACAGACAAAAUUUUGGGAAUAUAAAAAGAAAAAAGUAAUUUAAAUAUCCUGCUAUUGUAGUUGUCACUGGAUGUGACUUCAGACUUGCUCUACUAUCUGUGAUACAGUAUGACGACAGAUACGGGUAAAGUGACUGUUACUGUGCGACUCAUCAGAUCAUUUGAUCAUCGUAUCAUCAAGCAUGUUGUAUACCAUGAUGUUUGUCUGGAACAGAAAGUGUCAGACUUCAAACAAAUUGUCAAAACGGAACUGAAAACACAUUCAGGUCUUCCACCGCCUUUCAAGACCCAUAACUAUGAUUCCAUGAAGAUAUCACAUCAACCAUUUGGAGCAAAGACAUCUGAUCCUGUGAUCAACAAAGAAAAUGAUGAACAGUUAAUGUUAACAGAUGAUAAAACAUUAGAGGGAUGUAGUAUUGUGAAUGAGACAGAGCUGUCAUUCUUCAAUCUUGAGGAGUAUCGUGCCUAUCAGAAAAAUCCAACUCUCAACUGGUGACCGUCAAGUCAUACAUUAAGUUAACGACUCGUAAAGAUAGUGUGCAAAAGACAUCUUCAGUGAUACCGGCGCAGAGUUCCUGUAUUUUUGUGUCUUCCUAUAUUUUUGAGACUUCCAACAUCACUGGAAACAUUAUAAAUUUUAUCUACUUUUUUCCAUAAUUCUUGGAUUUUUAAGACUAUUUACCAGUAAAGGUGACAAGCAUUUUCAA